AUGAGCAGCAAUUCACUAUUGUUUUCGAUAAAUAACGAAGGCAAAGUCUAUGCUCUAUCAACAAGUGGAUCAUGUUGGAGAGAGUUUAUGUAUCUUGGAUUAGAGUUUAAAACACUAUCAGCUGUGCCUCAUUUUUUAUGGGCAGUGGGUGGAGAUCGCCAGAUCUACUUACACGUUCACGGUUUAGAAAUACCUAUAAGAGUAAAAGAAGAAUCUUAUGAAAAUGAGAGAUGGCUUCCAUUAGAAGGUUUCAGUGGAAGGCUACUGCCUACAGAUCGUUAUCAUUUUUCAUCACAGGAUGGGACAAAAGAUCGAUCUAUUGAUUGUAUUAGAUUACCUUCAAUGGCAUGGCAAUGGGAAGGAGAUUGGCAGCUAGAACUCACUUUAGAUGGUCAACCAUUAGAUCAUGAUGGUUGGACGUAUGCUGUUGAUUUCCCUGCACAGUUUGGCACUGUUAAACAGUGGAAGUCAUGUGUAAGAAGAAGAAAAUGGAUUAGAUACAGAAAAUUUAGUGCAUUGAAUUCUUGGUGCGCUAUAGCACCACUUCAUAAAGAUCCCACUCAAGAGCCUUUUAUAGAUAUAAGUAUAGGUGGAUAUCAAAUACCUUAUGCUGCCGCUGGCACUUUAUCAGUUUGGGCUAUUACAGCCCAUGGUCGAGUUAUGUAUAGAGCUGGUGUUAGUACUACAUCCCCUGAAGGAUUAAAAUGGAUCAAUGUAAGCAUUCCACCUAACUGUGAUAUAAAGCAAAUUUCUGUUGGCCCCACAGGACUAGUAUGGGCAUUGCUAUGGACAGGAAGAGCAAUAGUAAGAAAAGGUAUUACUAAAGACUGCCCAACUGGAGAUUCAUGGCUAGAAGUAAAAUCUCCUGCAGAAACUAAAUUAACUGUUGUGUCUGUAGGAUACAAUGCAGUCUGGUCUGUAAGUUCUGACACUAGGGUUUGGUUUAGAAAAGGUAUAGAAGGAUGUUCAGCAGGUAAUUCUGAAACUUCUGCAAUGGGUACUGGUUGGUUAGAGAUUAAUGGUAACAUGAUACAUAUUUCUGUAGGAAUAAAUGACCAAGUAUUUGCUAUUGGUGAAACUAAUAAAAGCAUUUAUUGGCGUAGUGGAAUAACUCCAGCUGAACUCACUGGAAAGAGAUGGAGAGUAGUUCAAGCAAAUAUGCAGUUAAGUCGUACUUCAAGCUCAACUAGUAUAAUUUCAUCUACAUCUAAUCCAAAACAUCAUAGUCUUAGUUUAUUAAAUGAAAAUACUGUAGAAUUAAAAACAACAAUUAAUUUACGCAAUUCUUGGGAAGAAUCACACUCUGCACCUAUUGAAAAUACUUUGCCUUUGAAGCCAUCAAAGGAAUUGCGCCCCAUAAAAAAUACGAAUAUAGAAACAAUUGAUUUAUCUGGAAAAAGUUAUGAAACCACAUUAAAAAAUCCAAGAGCUUGGAGUCCAGUAAGAAGUGUUGGCUCAGUUGUUGGUAUGGAAGCUCAACCUGAUAGUGACAGUAGUGUAUUCGAUGUUGAUUCUGGAAUGUAUUUCGACGAGGAGGUCAGCCAAACAGCUUGGGGUACAUGUGAUGCUACAUGGACAUUUAUAGAAGCUGGUGCUUGUUCUAUUGACAGUGUUCAAGUACCCCAUUGGUUCACAGAUUCUAAAAAUGGUCACAAUUCUGAUAUUACAGCUAAAUGGAGGUUCGAUAUACUAGAUUGUUUAAAAGCUAGAAAUAGCUUAAAUAUUGAUCUCACUAAUUUUGGAUUAGCUAUUGAAGAAAAAGGUUGGACUCGAAGCUCUGAAGCAAGAUUAGUUUGUGAAAAUAAUUCUAGUGAAGAUUGUAUAAUAUCUCUUUAUUGGCAUGCUUCAGAAAAUGCUGGCACUCUUUCAGUAUUCCAGCCUGAUGGGACUAUAAAAUUUAUAUUGAAUCUUGGUGAAAUAACUAGUAUAAUGACUUCAUCAGAACCAGGUUGUCCUAGACUCACAUUGACAAUCCCACACCAAAAUCAAAAGAUUAUAAAAAUUCAGUACUCGUCUGAAAUGGAACAAGAAGAAUGGCUCAAUGUUAUUGUUGAUAUUACUUCACAAAUUAACUCUUUAUCGGGUAAGCCAUCUGAUCGUUCAGUGUGGAUGAUAACUAAUUCAAGUGAUGUUCUCAAUUGGGAUCCCACACCAACCAAACAUAAUGCAGAAAAGAAUGGCAGUUAUACAAAAGAAUUUCAAGUAUUUGGAAAAGAUAUAUUAAAUGGUUUUACAACUACUUUAGAUAAUAACUAUCCUCCUGGGAGUGUUUUAAAUAUGACAGGGUGUUUGUAUGAUGAGAUCACUAGAUUUCAUAUUAAUUUGCAAUGUCCAGAAGUUCAAAAACAAAGGCACAAAAUUGAACAAGAAGUAGUAGAUGUGCCAUUACAUUUCAAUGUGAGAUUUGAUGAAUCAGUAGUGGUUUGUAAUACAAAGAAAGCAGGUCACUGGGGUACCGAGGAGCGUCAUAUGCUUCCCUUAAAAGCAGGCCAAGAAUUUUCAAUUAAAAUAAUAUGUGAUAACCUUGGAUUCAUUAUCCAUGUCAAUAAUACACACUUUUGCUCCUUUAAACAUAGAUUAAAUCCUGAAAGUAUAACAUCUGUUUUGAUAUUGGGUCCUUUAAAAUUAUAUACAUUGGAUUAUAGUUCAACUAAUGCUAUUAUUGGACCUGAUGAAAUGAUUUGGCGAAUGAUGGGAGGACAUUUACGAAAAGUUGAAAGUUGCCAAAAUGGAGUAGUUUGGGGAAUAACACAUGAUCAUAGGGUAUGGGUUUACACUGGAGGCUGGGGUGGUGGAGUACUUAAAGGGAUUGGUGGUAAUGAAGGCAUUCAUUCAAUGAGUGAUACUCAAACUUAUUGUAUCUAUGAAAAUCAACGAUGGAAUCCUUUAUCUGGAUAUACUUCCACUGGCCUUCCAACUGAUAGAUAUAUGUGGAGCGAUAUAACUGGCAAACAUAAAAGAACAAGAGAACAUACAAAACUACUUAGCCGACAUUGGCAUUGGAUCUCGGAGUGGAUGGUUGACUACAAUACCCCAGGUGGAGUGGAUAGUGAAGGUUGGCAGUACGCUACAGAUUUCCCAGCUCCAUAUCAUGGAAAGAAAGUGUUUACAGAUUGUGUACGUCGUCGUCGGUGGUACAGGAAGGCUCAAAUUAUAACCGAAGGUCCAUGGGUGCGUGCGGGCAGUACAGCUCUACUCGAUAUAUCGUUAUGGGCGGAUGAUAAAGAAGUUUCAGUAUGGGCUAUUACGUUAGGUGGAGACGCGAUUUAUAGAACUGGAGUAACAGUUAACUCCCCAGGGGGUUUACACUGGGAGCACAUAAAUAGCCCUCAUUCACUUGUUGCGAUAAGCAUUUACAGUAAUUUGAUAUGGGCUGUAGGGCGGAAGGGCGAAUUGUAUUAUAGAGAAGGAGUAACCAAAGAAAAUCCUAGUGGCUCAAAUUGGAAACUUAUUGAAGCACCGAAAUGCACUUUUCCAAUGACGCAAAAGGGUGGUGUCAGUGCUAAAUUGGUGUCGCUCACGCAAAAUGCUGCUUGGGUUAUACUCACCAACGGUAUAGUUGCUGUAAGAACGGAUGUUUCUAAGAAUUUACAUGAAGGAAAACAAUGGAAAUAUUUAACAGAUUGUGAGAUACCAUUUAAGCACGUGUCAUGUAUUGAACAAGAAGUGUGGGCAGUGAGAGGCGACGGCAGUCUGCACCGGCGCCUCGGCGUGACUGUCGACAACGUGGCCGGCAUCGCGUGGCAGCCCGUGCACUGCGGCCCGCUCGUACACGUCACAGCUAGAGCUUGCUCC